GUGCGUUUGUAUUCACCGAUGAACCUUUAUUGGAUUGAAGGUUGUUAUUGGAGGAUUUCAUUUUUUGGCAGUGCUGAUAAAGAUGAAUCAAAAAGGUAUAUCUCACUCUGACACACUUUUUCAUCAGUUGUUGGUUUAUUAGGAGUCAUUUGAUAUUUCGAAAGGUGCUUUUCGUGGCUCAUAGAAGCCUUGAUAAUUAGUCCUUCCGUUUGCUUCUUUUAGAUUUUUAAGAGUUCCUUCUCACAGCUGCUUUCUUUUAUGGAGAGAAUAAUCUGCUAUUCUUAAAAUGUCAUGGUUUUUGCUAUAUUAAGCACCUUUAGUGAUAUAAUUUCAUCUUCAACGUUUACUAGUAUGCUCAAGAAAACUCAAACUCUUCUCCUUCUUUUGGGAGCUCAAUCUCUUUAUAAUUU